GCGCCACCUUGGUUGCUUCUUAGUCAGUGGUGAGGCGUCUUAGAGACGUGCGUCUCCAGGCGGUUGUACUGUCCCGCCACGGGAAUUAGGAUCGGCUCUAUAGGACCAGCGUGAAGGAACAACGUGCGGCCGAGGGUCGAAGCCCACGGAUUUCCAUGAGCUCGGCCUGGCUUCCUUCUUGGAAUUGUUCGUUUCUCGGAGAGAAUUGUAUAAAAGAGAGAGAAAUAACCCCACAUCUGUUGACACCGGAGCUCCAGGUCCCCCGACCAUGGGAAGCAGUCACGCUCUGGACAGUAAAGGUGGAGACAGGAACUUGUCAGAGCUUGGAGUGUCUCCGGAAUGAAGAAGGCCUGGAUCUUCUGCGUCUCCAGCUUAGGAAAACCAGAGAAUAAAUACAAUUGCUGCUGCUCUCAGAAAACCUAGCAGAAGAGACCAUGGAGACUUUGACCUCAAGGCAUGAGAAAAGAGCUCUUCAUUCUGAAGCCUCAGCUGUUUCCCAAGAUAGGGAGGACAAGAUCAUGUCUCAGGAGCCAUUGAGCUUCAAGGACGUGGCUGUGGUCUUCACUGAGGAGGAGCUAGAGCUGCUGGACUCUACCCAGAGGCAGCUGUACCAAGAUGUGAUGCAGGAGAAUUUCAGGAAUCUGCUCUCAGUGGGAGACAAGAAUGGAAAGGAUAUGGAGUAUAUUCAAGAUGAAGAAUUAAGGUUCUUUUCACACAAAGAGCUCUCCUCAUGCAAAAUCUGGGAAGAGGUGGCAGGUGAAUUACCUGGGAGCCAAGACUGUAGAGUAAAUCUGCAAGGAAAAGACUUCCAGUUCUCAGAAGAUGCUGCUCCCCAUCAAGGGUGGGAAGGAGCAUCUACGCCGUGUUUUCCAAUUGAGAAUUUCCUGGACAGCCUACAAGGGGAUGGGCUUAUCAGUCUAGACAAUCAACAGUUUCCAGCCUGGAGAGCUAUAAGACCAAUCCCCAUUCAAGGAUCUCGGGCAAAAGCCUUUGUGAACCAGUCAGGGGGUGUUCAAGAAAGAUGUAAAAAUCUCAACACAGAAAACACAGUAUAUAAGUGUAACUGGGAUGAUUACAGCUUUUGCUGGAUAUCUUGUCGUGUUGAUCACAGAUUCCCUGAAAUAGACGAGCCAUGUGGCUGCAAUAAAUGCAGAAAAGACUGCAUUAAAAACUCUGUACUUCAUCACAUUAACCCUGGAGAGAAUGGCUUGAAAAGUAACGAAUAUGGAAAUGGCUUCAGGGACAAUUCAGACCUUCUCCCCCAUCCAAGAAUACCUUUGAAAGAGAAACCCUAUCAAUAUCAUGAGUUUAGUAAGGGCUUGGGGCACAGUGCCCAUCUUAACAGACAUCAAAGAAUUCCCACAGGAGAGAAAUCUGUUAAGAGUCUUGAGCAUGGUUGGGGCAUCAGACAGAACACGCACAUACACAACCACCCCAGAGCCCCUGUGGGAGACAUGCGCUAUAGAUGUGAUGUCUGUGGAAAGGGGUUCAGGUAUAAAUCGGUUCUUCUUAUUCAUCAAGGGGUGCACACAGGAAGGAGACCCUAUAAAUGUGAGGAGUGUGGGAAGGCAUUUGGUCGAAGUUCAAACCUGCUUGUCCAUCAGAGGGUCCACACUGGAGAGAAACCAUAUAAAUGCAGCGAGUGUGGGAAGGGCUUCAGUUACAGCUCAGUGCUUCAAGUCCAUCAGAGGCUGCACACAGGGGAGAAGCCCUACACCUGCAGCGAGUGUGGCAAAGGCUUCUGUGCUAAGUCUGCACUGCACAAGCACCGGCACAUUCACCCUGGAGAAAAGCCCUACAGCUGUGGUGAGUGUGGAAAGGGAUUCAGCUGCAGCUCCCACCUCAGCAGUCAUCAGAAAACACACACCAGUGAGAGGCCCUACCAGUGUGACAAGUGUGGCAAAGGUUUCAGUCACAACUUGUACCUUCAAGCUCACCAGAGAGUUCACAUGGGGCAGCAUCUGUACAAAUGCAACGUGUGUGGUAAGAGUUUCAGUUACAGCUCAGGGCUUCUCAUGCAUCAGAGACUGCACACAGGAGAGAAACCCUACAAAUGCGAAUGCGGGAAGAGCUUUGGCCGGAGCUCCGACCUCCACAUCCAUCAGAGGGUCCACACAGGAGAGAAACCCUAUAAAUGCAGUGAGUGUGGGAAGGGCUUCCGGCGGAAUUCGGACCUUCACAGCCACCAGAGGGUCCACACGGGGGAGAGGCCCUACGUAUGUGAUGUGUGUGGGAAGGGUUUCAUCUACAGCUCUGACCUCCUUAUCCAUCAGAGGGUCCACACUGGAGAGAAACCCUAUAAAUGUGCUGAGUGUGGCAAAGGCUUCAGUUACAGCUCAGGGCUUCUCAUUCACCAGAGAGUCCACACAGGCGAGAAACCUUACAGAUGCCAAGAGUGCGGAAAGGGCUUUAGGUGCACAUCAAGCCUUCACAAACAUCAGCGAGUCCACACGGGAAAAAAGCCCUAUACGUGUGAUCAGUGUGGCAAGGGAUUCAGUUAUGGCUCUAAUCUUCGCACCCACCAGAGGUUGCACACAGGAGAGAAACCCUACACUUGUUAUGAAUGUGGGAAGGGUUUCAGAUAUGGCUCAGGUCUCCUUAGUCACAAGAGAGUGCACUCUGGUGAGAAGCCGUACAGGUGCCACGUGUGUGGGAAGGGCUAUAGUCAGAGCUCACAUCUUCAAGGUCAUCAGCGAGUCCACACUGGUGAGAAACCCUAUAAAUGUGAGGAGUGUGGGAAGGGCUUUGGCCGCAGCUCCUGUCUUCAUGUUCAUCAGAGAGUCCACACUGGAGAAAAGCCCUAUACGUGUGGUGUGUGUGGGAAAGGCUUCAGUUAUACCUCAGGUCUGCGGAACCACCAGAGAGUGCAUUUAGGCAAGAACCCUUAUAAGUAGAUGUACAUAGAGGAUUCCAUCUGGGACUCAGGGCUUUCUAUCCAUCUGAGAGCCAGCACAGGAGAAAAACCGUAGGAAAGAAAAACGAGGAGGGCUAUAGGAGAAACUGAUGAUUUUACAUUUUCUAGUCUGCAUAGGAAGGGAACACCUGGAAGUGUGCUAAAUAGAUUAGCACUUCAGUUACAAACUUAAGUCUUUAAGAGUCUGUUGUGCAGCAGUGGUUUCACUUUCAUCAGAAUCUGCCUGGGAGGGAGCUUUUACAGCAUAACAAGUGGUGAGAAUGUUUCCAAGGUGCUAAUUAUGGACAUAGAUUAUUUGUGUGGGUUGAUAGCUACCAAUGGGACAGUGUAGAAACAAGUUUCCACCUUUCUAAAACCAGUUUGGUACAUAACUUUUUAAAAAUCGCUUUAUAAAAACAAAAAGAUAACAUUAACAUUUAUUGAAACAAGUCACGCUGAGAAGACCAGGAACAAAGUCCUCUUGGCACAUCUGGGUGAUGUGUGUGUCUCACAUUUUUAUCAUGUUUUUGUGACUGUUUUAUCUUGCAGGUAAGCUUUACAGCUCUCAGAGGAGUUGUAGUACACUGCAGAAAUAUGUCUUCUUUCCAGGUUAAAAAAAACAAAAUCUGAUUGGCAUUGCAUUGAAUUAUUAAUUAAAUAAAUUUAUUUAUUAAUUGGCAUUGCAUUGAAUUUAUAGGUUAAUUUUGAAAGAAUUUGGCGUCUUUGAAAUGCUGACUUUUUUCACUUUUAAAAACACGACUUUUUUACCACUGAUAGUAUUUUAUAUGGUCCCUCACUAAUAUUUCUUAGAGAUGGUUAAAAAUAGGUUCUGAGUCAUCUUGAGCAUAUUUCUAGGAAUUUGUUUUAUUGCUGUCAUGAAUAUAAUGGUUUUGCUCCAGUUCAUUUCAUAGUUUAACAUAUCAAAUAUUAGGUAUCUUAAAAAUCACGAAUGCCAUUUCACCCUGCAGGUUAGCAGUACUAAAAUAUAGAGUCAUCAAAUCCCCCAUCUUUGGGGGUGGGGGGGGUUGUAGGAACAGUCUGAUAUGGUUUGGCUCUGUUCCCCACCCAAAUCUCAUCUCAAAUUUUAAUCCCCAUGUGUCAGAGGAGGGCCUUGGUGGGAGAUGAUUGGAUCACGAGGGCAGAUAUCUCCCUUGCUGUUCUCAUGAUAGUGAGUUCUCAUGAGAGCUGAUGGUUUUAAGGUGUAGCCCUUCCUCGCUGUCUCCUGUCCCCUUGUGAAGAAGGUCUUUAUUUCUCUUUUGCGUUCUGCCGUGACUUCAGUUUUCGGAGGCCUCCCCAGCCAUGUGGAACUGUGAGUGAAUUAAACCUCUUUCCUUUGCAAAUUACCCAGUCUCAGGUAGUUCUUUAUCGCAGUGCAAAAAUGGACAUAAGUCUUAUGUACUUAUUGGUGAGAGAAAAUCGGUGCGUUGUUUUCAAAAGAAUUCAUUAAUGUAUCAAUUCAAUUUCUAUAACCUUUGAAGUGGCAGUAAAUAUGUAGUAAUUGAUACUUGGGAGAUAGUUGCCCACUUGGGCAAAAACGCAUGCAGAAGGUGGAGUUUUUAAAAGCAUUUUUAAAAUAGCAAAUGUUAAUAUUCCAGUUAACAUUGGUAGGAAACUUUUUAGAUAAGUUCAGGCAUAUGUAUGCAAUGGAAAGCCACUGGGAAUCUUUAAGCACACAGAUAAUGACAAUGAAGGUUGCUCAUGAACUAUUUAGUGAACCAGGAGAGUUUUAGAACAACAAUUGUAGCAUGACCCCAUUUUGUUAGUAUGUUUUUCUGUGUGUAUGUUUAGAGCAACAGAGAAAAAAAGAUGUGGGAGAGGACAUAUAACUACUAUCUCUAGUGGUGGGAUUCUGAAUGUAUAAUACAUAUGUUGUACUUUUAUGUAUUUUACUUUGCAACAAAGUAUCUUUUAGUUUUAGAAUAACAGCGAAGCAAUUUUUUUUACAAAUUAGCCUGAUGGAACAAUCCCUUAUGAUUAAAGAUUCAUGUUGUAACCUCUAUAA